UAGCUGGUAAUGUUGGCAAUUGAUAUGGAGAUUUGCUUGCUUGAGCUACAUUUUCAAUGAAAUUAUUCAAAGAUUCAUCUUACUAAAACAAUGGAUUGGCAAUUAACUUGCCGAGUAUGUCUGGAAACGGGAGAUAUGGUUUCCUUAUUCGAUUGGGACGAAAACAAUGAUCAACUUAGCGAUAAAUACACUGCGUGCUGUGGCGUAGAGGUUACAAAAAACGAUUCACUGCCAACUUUAAUAUGUCUCAAUUGUGUUGACCGAUUAACAUACGCGUAUGAAUUCAAAAAGCAAUGUUUAUCUUCAAACGAAACGCUCAAAGAGUGUUUGGAUGAGUUUCUAAAAACCUCGUCCCUGACUAGUACAGGCGACAACGAUUCCAUCAACAAAGCUGAAACUGAAACAAUCACUGUAAGGCAACAAAAUGGCAUGCUGUUGCAAUAUGAGCUUCCAGUGGAACAUGAACCAUCAAUUCAAUGGACUCGACGUCUGGUUAGGAAUGACAACAACGCUGUUGUAUUUAAAGCCCCAGAGGCAAAGAAAAGAGGACGGCCGCGUAAAUAUCCAAAUCCACAUGGCACAAUUGAAGUAUCACCAUAUCACCGCAAGAAACCCAAGGAAGAGGUAAGGGAACCCGAAUCGUUGACAGCAUUAAUUGCCUCUGGAUCAUUGGAGAUUAAACAAGAACCAGAUACUGAUGAAACCCUGUUUGAAUUUGAAGAAAUGGCUGAGGAUUCUGAUCCAGAUUUUGUUCCUGGAGAGGAAGAGCCUGAUGAUGUUCCGUUGCAGCAAGAGACCCCUAGAAAACGCGGUCGUCCGAGGAAAAUAAGACCCCCAGUGGCAGAUGUGAAAAUUAAGGAAGAAACGGAAGACAUGCUGCUAAAGGAAACCAUUAUGGCAUUCUCUGAACCCAUACAUGAUGAUGCGCUAAACCCAAAACCAAAGCCCAAGAAGAAAAAAAUUCAACAGAAGAAAAAGAAAUAUGUGUAUUCUAAGACUCACGUGUGUGAAACAUGCGGUGCGUCGUUCACUUCAAACGCUUCGUUGCAAGCGCAUAUUAGACGCCAUUUGGGAAUUAAACCAUUUGUAUGCAGCGUUUGCGGGUUCGCCGCCGUGGCUAAUAUAGAGUUAAAACGGCAUAUGGUGAAGCAUACGGGUCAAAGGCCUUACCCGUGUCGGCAUUGCGAUAAGACGUAUACGGACUUUGGGACACGACAGAAACAUGAACGAUUGCACAUGGGCAUUCGUCCCUACCAGUGUUCGUUAUGUGGAAAGUCGUUUACGUACUCGUACGUGCUUGCUAAUCAUAUGUUAACUCACACCGGGGAGAAGAAGUAUGCAUGUGGUCCUUGCAACAAGAAAUUCACGAAAGCUCACCACCUGAAGUACCACAACAAGGUCCAUCAUAAAGAGCUGUACAUCCAGCAGCAACUGGAGCAAGAGGCAAAGAAGAUGAGACAGAGGAUCAACGUCUCCAACCUUUCGGGAGUCAUCUCGGGGGAGAUCGUUGAUGGCACUCUGCAGCUCACGCAUAUUACUGAAGAUGGCGAACACGAGUCCCAAAUGGAGGUGGUCGAACAGGACGAUGAACAAAAUGAAACGGACCGAGCCGUCGCGGAUAUGCAAGCGGUGGUCCUUGAUUCGGAGUUUGCAGGCGAUGAUGACCUUAAGACUCGUAUAAUUAGUCAUAGUGAGAUUUAAUUAAAUACAUAUCCAAUUGUAUGCAAUAGAUGUAACAAGUGACUUACUUUAGUGGCUUAAUCUAGAAUUCAGUAGCGUGCCUAGUAAUAAAAAACUGCCAAAAAAUAUAUAUUUAGAAAUAAUUAUAUCAAAAUAUAUGUUUUUUACUUCAAGUUCCAUAUAAGGUCAUCCAAUAGUUACCUCAUAAUUGAAAAAAAAUUGUCUAAUUGCAGCUCUUACUAAGUAUGAGUACUUGUGUGUUGUCUCAUCACAGCAUGAACAUAGUCUGACAGAAAGAGACAAAAUAUUACUUUGGUUAAAAGAGUGUAAUUGGAUUUAUUUAUUCAUUAAAAAAUAAUUUUUAGUUUGGGUAAGAUAGGUCUCAACAUCGUUAUUAUGAUAUAGUUUUGAGUAAAUAUUUUUUCAAGCUUAUUUUCUUUACUAGCACAUAAAGACUGAAAUGAAAAGUAGGUUAAUUUAUAUAACUGCUUGGCGAUAGUGACUAAUGUAAAAUUUGAUUGAAAGUUUGUAUAUUUAUUAAAUUUAUUACGAAAAUAUUUAAUUAUAAAAUAAAUAUUUUUGAGGCUGUUCUUUGUUUUUGCAAAUUUGGAUAAUUUACUUCUGAACGAAAAUCAUCUUCAGGUUAAAGUAUAAAUAUAAAUAUUUUAUGUAACAGGUUCACUGUCCAAUCAUAAAGGUGGAAAUACCCCUCACCGAGGUUCGAAUGAAAGCCUAAAUGUUAGAAAAAAAAAAUUUGCCGUACGUCCCAGCACUUUUUAAGUUCUCAGUGAUAUGUCCUCUCAAGUCCACGCAAGAAGUUGUACUUGCGUGCAGACCACAUGUGGACUGCGAACGUGUAGAGAUUUCCGUCUUAUAUGGUCUUUGGACAGUGAACCUGUUAAAUAAUUUUAGCCUCGCUUUUUGUCGUUACAUAACGUAUCUGACAUGGGAUUCCAUACUAGCGUGUAAAUUAUAUAAACAUUAGUUAUAAACAUUUCGUGUAAAUAAUCAUUUAAUCUUGUUGAAUAAAUCAUUGAUUCAGUAAU